AUGACAGCCGUGUGCCACUACGGCGAAGGGACAACCGGGAUCGUCAAUGUGAACGAGUUGGAGCCCAUUUCCGCCCAUGAGUUGCCAUGCCCCGAUCGCUUCCCCGGAAGCUUCGAAGCCGCGCGGGCCGAGGCGUUCUUGAAGUCCAAGCUGCUGGUUGUCGCCAUCGUUUCCGGCAGAGCGGACGCCUCAGCUGGAUUUGGGCUGUUUCGGCCCCGUGCUCGGGGCAAGCCGGUAAGAGAAGAGGCGAUGCAGUACAUGGCCCUUGCCUCACAAGAAGUGCGGGUGAUGCUUGGUGAGAACGCGGUUUUCUGGCGUGGAAAGCCCACUGAGCUGAAGGACACGCAGUUUCGGCAGUUGGCCCCCGUGGACAUGCUGCCAUCGCUGGCAAUAUCCGUCCCUCUCGCAGCCGACGCCAUGACGGUGAUCUUGGCGAUACCCGGUGCGAUAAGUAGGCCGCUGAGGAUGUUCACCGUCGAAGGGACAUUCAACAGGCAGUUGGAGCAAGCAGAAAUCAGAAGCCAACCACUCGCCGAGACGCUGGACAGCAUCCUCGAGGGCCUCGAGGCCAUGGAGGUUCAUCGCCAGGUGAUGCUGGCGCGCCAGAACGACGAGGAUGUCCAGCUGCGACAAGCGCAGGACCAGGAGUAUGCGGAGGGCCUGGCCAGGGAUCAGGCCGCAGCUGCGAAUGCAGCAGCUGCUGCUGCCGUCCCACAGCAAGAGGCUGUCAGACCUGCUCCAGUUCAGCAGGGUAGCGAGCCAGUCCGGCAAGUGGCAGAUCCUGCCGACGAGGCCCGUCGGGCUUUGGCAGAGGAGUUCCUGCGUGAAGGGCCCUCGCCCACCAAGGCCGAUCCCGUCCGGCUGGUGCUGAAACUGCCCACGGGCGAGCGGGUUGAACGGACGUUCGAGUCGCAGGACCCACUGGCCAGAGUUCGCAGAUGGGCGACCUGUCUGGAUUAA